GAAAAAAAGCCUGAUAGAAGGAGGAUUGCAAGACGGGACGACGUAUGGUAUGGUGUGCCAUGAGAUAAUGACGGUUGUAGGUCGGGGUCAAGGGAUAAGGGGUGUUGUCGAUGAGGGGACGGCGAUCGCUGCCUAAUGAUUUGGAUCGGACAGAUGUCUUCUGGGAUGGCAGGGGGUUCUCUUCUGUUUUUGAGAGAACCGGAAACGCUGGGACUAGUGAUGUCCCUUUUGCGGCAACGACUUGAACUGUCUUUUCGACAGAGAGUCAUAUUCUUCUUGCCUACUGCAGGUUGUUGGGCUCGGUUUGGAUGGGGACCCACACCCGCGGUAUUCGACUCCGGGCAUGGGCCUUUCCCUCCACGUUUCGAGGGCCGGGCUUCCCGUCAAGGCAUCUUUUUUCCUUUCACCUUAAUAUUUGGUUCGAUACCCCUGAUUAUGCUUCGUAGUAUAUAGGAUAGUUGUGAUUGGUAAUCAUGAGGAAUUUGGAUAAUCGCCUACAAAGAUCCGGCACAUACAAGGCGCUUCCCGUGAGGUCUUUGUCAUCUCUCGACGGGUGUCACCGGCAUUUGUUUACCUCCAUAGCUCCCCUUUUUUGGCCUUUGCUCU